AUGCCCUAUACGAGGAACAGUGGCCCUACGAGUGCAAAUGAUCCUUCAAGCGGAACUGAGAAUGAUCCUAACGGCGGCCAUUGCGGCCAAGCCUUGGGCUUCUCAUCCAGUUCUUCCCACACUUACGGUACUCCCAAUUACUAUCUUCAACAGCAAUCCACCAGUGGAUACCUAUACCCACAUGGGCAUCAAACCCUCAGGCCUCCUCCUCUCAACGCUGGCUAUCACUCCAGGGACAACUCUAAUUCUGGCUAUGCUACCAGAGUCCCUUCAGUGGCUAGCCCACAACCACAACAGAGCUAUCCAGUCCAGACCUACCCAGUCCAAAGCUAUCCAGUCCAAAGUUACCCAGUCCACAGCUAUGUUCCCAGUCGCCAGCUGGGCCCACAGAAAGCAGACCGUCCUGGUAUUGAGGUCGUUCAUACUGCUCAUCACCCCAAUUCCUUCAUCGCCUUCCGAGUACCCCUGUCUACACCCAAACUGCGGCCACAUAAGUUCUCGAGCUCACGAUCUUAA